AUGAAGCUUGUAAAGUUCUUGCAGAAGCUCAAUCGAGAGCAGGUAACAAUAGAGCUUAAGAAUGGGACUGUGGUGCAGGGAACGGUAGUUGGAGUGGACGCGACUAUGAAUUGCCACUUGAAGAAAGCAAAGGUAACGGUACGAGGCAAAAAUCCAGUUUCCUACGCAACCCUGUCGGUGAGAGGGUCUACCAUGAGAUCUUGGUUGCUUCCUGAAAGUUUGAAUCUUGAUGCGUUGUUAGUUGACGAUGCACCCAAGAAGACGGUGGCACCCAAGUCGCUUUCCGCUAGAGAUUCAGGCAGAGGUAGAGGCAGGGCGAAGAGAAUCCACGAUGACAUUCUCGAUGAAGAGCGACCUUACGACCGUGUUAAAGAACACGAUCAUCAUGUUCUCGAUAUCAUUCGUCCUCGUCCUUGCUUCGGCCAUCUAUACAAGCCGGUCAUUAUUUUAUAA